AUGAGUGAGCAAGGCUCUGAGGGUGUGGGCGUGACCAGGCAAGGUCCCCUGGAUGGGGGCCACGAGGGGCCUUCCUCAGACAAGUGGCCGGGCAGACUCUGGGGGCUGCCCGGCCUCACUGCCCCUCACCACAGCUGGGUGCAGCUGUCGGAGCCACUGCGUCCCGCUGAGCUGGCCCAGCUGGUGGCCGAGGGGCCCUUCGAGACCCAUCCUGAGCUGGACGGGACUCUGGGCUGCCCCUUCCUGGGCCCCUCGGGCUCAGCAGACAGCGUCGCCGAGGACGUGGCUGCAGGCAUCAGGAGAGCAGGGCUCUCGGCGGGGAUAGGGCUGCGUGUGGCUCGGUCGUCCACCAACAAAGCUGUCCCUGGCAUGCGCCAAUACACGCUCUCUCUGCCCUUGGACGUCUCAGCCAAGACGACCAGCGCACCCCGCCGCACAGACAUGGGCCCCAGAGUGGGUGCCCUGGCAGGCCGUGGCCUCGCCCUCCUGUCCCUCACUGCCCACUGCUCCCGGCCCCGGGCUGAGGGCUUGGCCCAGGGAGGGCUGGACGCCGGCGGGGCCGACCCGAGGGCCAGCGCCGACAGCUCCCUGCUGCAAGACUUCUGGUGCUGGCCGGCCAGCCAGCUGCCCCGGGACCGGCUCUCAGCCCUGGUCAGGAAGAUGGCCGCGCUGCAGGUCCUGCUCGAAGCCUGGCAGCUCAGCUGCCUGGCCAACCUGGCAGCGCAGCGCGGCCUUCAGGAGGACUUCCCGCUCCACCCGCCGGACCUGCUGCUCUUCUACAACCUGUCCCAGGUGAGGGAAGCCGACUGCCGCGCCUUCACCGGCCGCGCCGCCCAGGGGCGCCUGGAGCUGCUGGCCAACCUGCCUGACCAGAGAGUGGCCCUGCGACGCGCCGCCCUGGCCUGCCUGGGGGGGCCCCACCCGCGGCUCACAGCCCCUGACCUGCUGCUCCUCGGGGCGCUGGUGUGUGACAUGGACCCGUCCAGCAUCGUCGCCGCGGACCCGCCCGUGCUGCAGAACCUGUGGCGCUGCCCCGGGCUGACGGCCGCCCAGGGGGCCGCCCUGAACGCGCUGCUGGCCGGUGGGAGGACCCAGCUCGGGCCCCCCGCCUCCUGGACCCUGGAGGGGCUGCAGGCCCUGGGGCCCCUGGCUACCUACAUCAGCCCCCGCCUGUGGGUGCAGGUACAGGAGGCCACGGGCCUGGACUUCUUCCGCAGCGUGGUGGCUGCAUGCCGUGCGGGACGGCUCAGCCGCCAGGAUGCCGGGCGCUUCGUCACCAGCUUUCUGGAGUCCCAGGUCAACGCCGUGCCCUCAAGGCCCAAGCGGGGCGCAGGGAGGUCCUGUGUCCACGGCAACAUCACGGCAGCCACGCUGCGGGACGACCUCUUCCUGGUGCGCUACGACUGCGCCCAGCUCCGGCUCUGCCUGGGCAGCCGCGUGCUGGCGACCGGCCUGGACGCCCUGCUGCAGCACCCCCUGCCCACCGAGUGCCAGCGCGUCGUCAAGGCCAAGCUCGCACAGCUCUACCCGCGGGGCCUCCCCGAGGACCAGCUGCGGCUCAUCCCCUCGCUGGUCUACCUCUACUCGCGUGCCGAGAUCGGCCAGUGGAACAUCACGUCCAGGGACACGCUCGUGGCCCUGCUGGCCUCGGGCGUGGCCCUGGACAACCAGACGGAGGCCGUCCUGCAGAAGUUCCUGGACCACAACGGGACGGUCACCGGCGCCCUGCUGGUGGCCAUCGGGGGCUCCCGCCUCUGCUGGAUGAGUCCGCAGCAGAUCCAAACCAUCCGGCCCUUGGAGUUCCGGCUGGCCGGAGCCCUGGACGUCUCGUCCUGCCCCCAGAGCCGGAAGGACGUGCUCUAUGCCAAGGCCCGGGAGGCCUUCAGCAACAGCAGGACCAUGGCCUCCUACUACCGCUUCAUGCGCCCCUACCUGGGCGGCGCCCCCGUGGAGGAGCUGCGGCACCUGGCCCAGGCGAACGUCUCCAUGGACAUCGACACCUUCACCAACCUGAACCCCCGCGUGCUGCAGAGCCUGAGCGUCGGCAACGUGACCACGCUGCUGGGGCAGAACGCGGGGGACCUGUGGAAGGCCCGCAGCCACCCCACCGUCAGCUCCUGGCUCCGUGGCCUCAACAGCUCGGCCCUGGGCUCGCUCGGCCUGGACCCCGACCUUGCCAGCCCCGCCCUGCCGCCCCACGCGACCGGGGCGUCCCCCAGCACCACCCCCCCAGCGCCCCACCUAGUCCCCACCUGGGGCCUGCCUGGGAAGGACGCCGAGGCUCCCACCUCGGGCAGCCCACAUGCCCCCCUGGGGUGUCUGCCGCUGGCCAUGGCCCUGCCCUCCGGCCUCCUGUGGCUGCUGCAUCGCGGCACCCGGGCCUGA